UGGGAAACAGGAGACCAUGCACUUGUCAGCCAUUUGCUCAAAGAACACUGAACACUUACCACGAGCAUAGGAGAGACCAAUCCCUGAUUCCUCAACUGGGAGGAGGAGAAAUCCAAUUGGAGGAAGCAUCUGGAGUCACUCAUGUGGGAACGGCUCAUUCAUAACCUCUGUCGAGCACCUAUCAUGUGCCAGCCUGGAGCCAGGCACAGGAGAAAUGGCAGCAAGUGACAAGGCAGGGUCCCUGCCACUAGAGAGGACAGCAUCCCCGGGGUGGUCAUGGUGUUGUACUUCAGAAGCAGAAAUAGCAGAUGAAGGAGAGAUUCGGCUACACAAAGGAUGAUGAUGCCCCAAGGAUGCUGAAAUGAAAGGAAGUGAGCCACCCUUGGAGGCUGCUCUUGCACCAAUGACCCUUCCCAAUUCUUCCUGCAUCUUUGAAGACAACAUGUGUGAGGGGAACAAGACCACCAUGGCCAGCCCCCAGUGGAUGCCCCUGGUGGUGGUCCUGAGCACCAUCUCCUUGGUCACAGUGGGACUCAACCUGCUGGUGCUGUAUGCUGUGCGCAGCGAGCGGAAGCUACACACUGUGGGGAACCUGUAUAUCGUCAGCCUCUCGGUGGCAGACCUCAUCGUGGGUGCCGUGGUCAUGCCCAUGAACAUCCUCUACCUGCUCAUGUCCCGGUGGUCCCUGGGCCGGCCUCUCUGCCUCUUCUGGCUUUCCAUGGACUACGUGGCCAGCACAGCGUCCAUUUUCAGUGUCUUCAUCUUAUGCAUCGAUCGCUACCGCUCUGUCCAGCAGCCCCUCCGGUACCUGAAGUAUCGUACCAAGACCCGCGCGUCAGCCACCAUCUUGGGCGCCUGGUUUCUCUCCUUUCUGUGGGUUAUUCCCAUUCUAGGCUGGCAUCGCUUCAUGUCAAACACUUCAGCACGCCGGCAGGACAAGUGUGAGACAGACUUCUACGACGUCACCUGGUUCAAGAUCAUGACUGCCAUCAUCAACUUCUACCUGCCCACCUUGCUCAUGCUCUGGUUCUAUGCCAAGAUCUACAAGGCCGUCCGGCAGCACUGUCAGCACCGGGAGCUCAUCAAUGGAUCCCUUCCUUCCUUCUCAGAAAUUAAGCUGAGGCCAGAGAAUCCCAAGGUGGGAGCCAAGAAACUGGGGAAGGAGUCUUUCUCCUGGGAGGUUCUGAAAAUGAAGCCAAAAGAUGCUGGUGGUGGGCCUGUCCCGAAGCCACCAUCCCGAGACCCUAAAGAGAUGAAAUCUCUAGCUUCCUUCAGUCAAGAGGAGGAUGGAGAUGUGGCCAAGGGUGACAUCACACAAAUGCAGAUUGUGGAAGCACGAGAUGGAGAUGGUUACCUGGCUGUCACCCAGGGCGAGACACAGCUUGAGAUGGAUGAGCAGGGCCUGGACACACACGGGGUCAGCGAGAUAUCAGAGGAUCAGGUGUUAGGUGAUAGCCAGUCCUUCUCCAGGACAGAAUCAGACACCCCCACAGGGCCAGCACCCAGAAAAGGCAACUUGAAAAGUGGUUCUAACACAGCCCUGGAUUACAUCAAGUUCACUUGGAAGAGGCUCCGUGCACAUUCAAGAGAAUAUGUGUCUGGGUUGCAGCUGAACCGGGAACGGAAGGCGGCCAAACAAUUGGGCUUUAUCAUGGCAGCCUUCAUCCUUUGCUGGAUUCCUUACUUCAUCUUCUUCAUGGUCAUUGCCUUCUGUGAGAACUGCUGCAACGAGCAGGUGCACAUGUUCACCAUCUGGCUGGGCUACAUCAACUCCACACUCAACCCCCUCAUCUACCCCUUGUGCAACGAGAACUUCAAGAAGACGUUCAAGAAAAUUCUGCACAUUCGCUCCUAAGGGAGGCUUCAAGGGGAUCCAAUGAAGUGAUGUCUGGAAAGGCAACAGAGCACGAAGGCCUGUGUGUUGGCAGGCACUUGGGCUUUCUGGAGUCAAAACCACAGUCUUAGGGGCUGGGUAGUUUGGAAAGUUCUUGGGCACCAUUGGAAGAACCGCGGUCGGAGGUGGUCAGUAGAGAGAUUGAACUGAAUAAAAAGCAGACAGAAUCUUUGCAAGAGGAUCAGACUUGGGUGGAGCUCUCUUUCCCCUUAGGAACUGUGAGAGCCUAAGACUCUCAUUGUAAUUCAAGCCUUCUAACUUAAUUUAAUCAGAACAAAAGGAACACGUGGGUAGACUUCCACUGGAGAAUUAAAAAGAACUCCUAAGCCUUCCUGGAAUGGAGCUAUAUGACUGUGCAGAGACCUUACAGAUGCAGUUAGUUUUCGUCCCCUUCCUGGGGUCACCUUGAGAGGCACCACUGCUAUUCCCUGGUGGCUGCCACUUCUCGGAACAUCUCUUUCCUGAGCCUCUUUUACAGCUUUCUGCAGAACCAAUUUCUGGACUACCCUGAAAAUUCUGCCUUGUUCUUUCUCACUCAUGCAUGUCUUAGAGUUGAUAGAAAAUUAUGCAGCUUGCAUAGCCACCAUUUUUAACCCCACAUUUCCUUUGGCUGUUAAAAAAAUGGUGAUAAAAGUUGUUCUCAAAAAAAAAAAAAAAGAGAGAGAGAGAGAGACAAAGGAAAUAUUUUUGAAAGCUUGCACAUUAAAACCUAGAAAAGGGCCAGGCACAGUGGCUCAUGCCUGUAUUCCUAGCACUUUGUGAGGCUGAGGCAGGAGGAUCACUUGAGCCCAAGAGUUGGAGGCUGCAGUGAGCUAUCACUGUGCUACAGUACUCCAGCUUCAGAGAGAGAGCAAAAUCAGGUCGAAAGAAGAAAGGAAGGAAAGGAAGGAAGGGAGGGAGGAGGGAGGAAGAGAGGCAGGGAGGGAGGGGGAAGGGAGGAAGACUUAAAGACUAGGGAGAAGAAUGUCCUAUUUUUUGAGGGCUAUAAUAGCUUUAUCUCAUUUAAGCCCCACAACACCCCACAAGAGGAGGGUGCUGUUGCUAGCUUUAGUUUGCAGAGGAGCAAACUGAGGUGCAAUGAGGUAAAAGAGGUGCCCAAGGUCACAUAGCUGGUUAUGUGAAAUAGACCGAAAACCCUAUGGAGUUUCAGGUCAUUGUAGCAUAUUUUCUCCAAAAGGCAAACAUGUGUGCCCUGUCAAGUGUGCGUAUAAAUCUAUGAGACAUACACACACACACACAAUAUUUCCAAGAGUGGUGGCAAUUCUCAAAGUGUUGAGUGGAGGAACAGCUGACGUGGAAUACCUCUGCAGAGACAAGAGGUAACGCUUUGAAGGGACAGUGUGUAUUUUUAUCUGUGAGUUCUGUUGUGUUUGUCAAAAAGUCAUCAUGUUCUUUUAUAGUCACAGCUGUUAAGUAAAAAACGAGCAAAGGCCUGGGAACACACAGUUUUCCUUGGGUGCUUAUGUUGCAGUCUGGUUGUGAUUUGUAUUUUAAAACUUGAUGCUAAACCAUAAUACGUGUAGCAAACAGGAGCGCCCGUACACACCGGUGUUUUGGGUCUUGUGCUCCUCUUUGCAUGAUCUGUUAAAAUGAGAUGUUUUUACUUGCCUAAAAUAUGAUGUUUGAAACCA